AUGUCUGAUAGUAAUUCAGACGAUAUUAAAAUAACAACAAAUACCAACUGUUCUCUACUUAUUCAUCGUCAAAAACCAAUGAAUACUAAUUUUAUUCAUCACUAUCCAAACUAUGAUAAAUCGUGUCCAAGAAUUAAUCAUGUUAUAAAUACUGAACUUUAUCCAUCAAAUGGUGUAUUUAUUCAAGAAUUAAAUCAUGUUCAACAAGAAUUAGAAGCUGUACGAAUAUCAGCAAUGCAAAGGUAUAAACGUUUAAAAGGUUUUAAUAAUCGUAUUAAUUCAUCAUUGACAAUAACUGACACAUCAACAACUGACUGUAGUGUGGAUAUAGCAACAUUGUGGGAACAAACAACAAUUGAACAUGAUGAUGAAAGUGAUCGAGAAUCUGUGGAUAUUUAUCAAAAAAUUUGUAGUAAUCGUGGCUCUUGGUCUUCUCGAGGUCGACCUUUUCAUGGAACAUGGCUAAGAGGUCGAAAGAGAGGUUCAGGACGUGGUCGAGGUCGGGGUCGUGGAAGAACAUUAAGAAUAAUCAAACGUGAAAGAGGAAGUCGUAGUGCAUACAAUGGAUUUAUUCAGUUAGCACCAACCACAAAUAUCAUACAUUCAACAUUAAAUACAACACAACGUCAAAAAAAUAAAUCUAUUGGUAAUUGUACAAGACAGCGAACAUAUCGUACAUUAAAUUCCCAUGGUUAUCAUGAUAUUUCAACACCAAAUCGAAAUGGUAAAAGAUUAAAAUUAAAUAAUUCAAAUACGAAACAAGUUGUACCCGAACAAUUUUGGAUAAAUUUAACAUCGACUUAUCAUCAAUUUGUUAAUCAAAAUGAUAUUGAUGAAUUAAAUUCUUUAGUAAAUUUUGAUCAAGAUUUUCUUCAAAAUAUUCAAUUCUUAUUCUCAUCCUCGGAUGAUGAACAAGAUCACAAUAAUUCAAUACAAUAUCAAUAUGAAAAAUAUCAAGAAUUAUUAAAUAAAAAUCAACAUCUUGAUCAAGUAUUAGUUCCUCCAACAUUAUUUUCUAAUCCAAUUUUUUUGCAAUACUUCAAAUGUUCGAUCGCUGUGAAACGAAAUCAUAUUUUCAAGAAAAAUGUAGAAUUAGUAUCGAAUGAAGAUGACAAUAUUGAUCUUAAAACUAAAACAGUACAACAAUCAUCCACUUAUACGAGAAAUAAAAAUCAUCAAUCUCAUAGAAAUCAUGUUCACUUAAGUCCUGAUUCGAAAUCCAUAAAAAAUCGAAAACGUUUAACAUCACCCACAAAAUUAAAAUCAUUUAGAAAAUUGGCACAUAGUGAAACUAAAAUGUCAAGAACAACGAAAUUAAACGAAUUAAAUGAAUGUUUACAAGAUUGUAUAUUUAUUGAACAAAAAGCUCAUGAACGUGCAAAACAUCGUUUAUCUUAUGAUGAAGUAUGUCAACAAAUACAACAUAUGGAUACAAAAAUCAGUGAUAUUAUGUUAUCGUGUCGUUAUCGAAAAAAAAAUAUUUUAGAUACUAAAACACCAUUAGUAACAACUCAAUCGUGGCGUCAACGUCCACGUAAAUCAACUCUUAGAUUAUAUGAAGAAUUGAAACGUUUAUUGAAUGAUCGUGUCACAUUGGAAGCAAAAGCAAAUUGGAUUCAUGAAAAUUAUCUAAAAUUUUAG